UGGAGACAGGAAGGUUGGAAAGCCUGUGACAGUACAAUGCACCGUUUCCCACACCUGUUCCCACCAUCCACCAGAUCUGAGUCUCAACAUCCCAAUGCAAAGCCCCAGUCUAACUCAUAGCUCGGGGUCUCGUGGCACAACCAAAACCACCUUGACGACCACAUUAAACAUAGAAAGAGACCACCAAACUGUGCAGUGCUCCGUCCGACACUUUGGCGGGGAAACUAAAACUGCCACUGAAACCUUAAAUGCAGAAUGCUCCUUUUCAGCAUUGACUAUCAGCCGUACAUUAAAUGAAUUCCUUGAGGGACAGGCAAGCAAAGUAACCUGCACUGCCUCAUACACAUGCUCCAAACACAUACCAACCCUCACAUGGAACUAUGAUAGCAUGCCAGCCUCCACUGAUACCACCAACAGUGGAGCCACUCAUUGGACAACUGUCUCCACACUGACGUUCACAGCCUCAGCCAACGACCAUGGACGAUCUCUGACAUGUUAUGCACGAUUCACUGGAGGACGGACGCAGGAUAAGAGCAUCACCCUCCAAGUAAAGAGAAACAUGCUGUCUCGCGGCUGGUCCUUCACCACCCCCCGCAGCAUCACAGGCAUGAGAGGCUCAUGUAUCAUCAUUCCUUGCACAUUUACCUACAGUAUUGCCCAGCCUGCUGACCUCCGAGUUAUAUGGUACUUGUUCCAGAGCAAUAUGUACUCACCUGUAUUUGACGAGCGACAGAAUAUUAUGAGUAAGUUUAACGGGAUAACCAGCUUGAUUGGAUCUGUGGGGGAGAGGAAUUGUAGUCUUAAGAUCGAGAGGCUGGAGAUGUCACAUAACCAGGACAGACUUUACCCAUGGAUAGACAAGCACCCGAUCACCUCCUACCAUAUCCUGGGUCCCACAUUGUAUGAAAAAAUCUCUGAACUCAUUGUUUCAGAUCAAGCACAGGCACCUCAGGUGAGCAUCAUAGGUAUCCCCAGGGUGGGACAGGAGAGCACAGUGUCCUGCAAUGUACGCCAUACAUGUAUCUCUGCUCCCCCCACCCUGACCAUAAGUGGCAUACCCGGAAAAGAUCUCGUUACAGACACUUUGGUAUCUGAUGGGAUUUGGGAAAGGACAGUAGAGAGAACUUGGGCUGUAAAAGAAGAGGACCAGAGUGUGGAGUGUACUGUUAGCUACAGUGGGGGUCAGAGAGAAACAAGUGAAAUCAAGCUGAAUGUUGAAUGUCCGUAAGACAACAUCACAAUGUCUGAGCGGCCUGACGACGCAACGGAGGGUGUAGCAAAGAGUGUUAUUUGUUCUGUUUCCUACAAAUGUAGGAAAAAUAAACCAACCAUUGUGUGGAACUACGAAGACAUGCAGAGUUCUUUAAAAACCAAAGAGAACUCCAGCAAUACCUUUAUCACAGUGUCAAAUCUAACCUUUAUUGGCUCUCUUGAGGAUGACGGUAAAUCUUUGACCUGCACUGCUCAGUUUGCUGCUGGCGAGACCUCAGACUCUGAAACCCUUCAUAUAAAAA